AUGGAGACAUCGACCGAGUCAUCACGUCUUGUAAAUCUUGUGAUACGCAGUGUGUACAUGCCAUCCGAGUCCUUAUCGCUUUCUGUUGAUCCGCAAAUGCUCAUAAGUGCGCUCAAGUGUCGACUCUGCGCUGAAUUUCCGUCGAAUCCUUCCGUAUCGAGCCAAAAACUUAUUUUUGGAGGCAAGAUCUGUAGUGAUCACGAGUCUUUAGAAGAGAUAGUGACAUUGAUACAAAGUAGUCAUCAAAAGGGAGGAGGUGAUUGUAAUAAUAUCGUAGAGCCUUUAGUGUUUCACUUACUGUUGAGUUCGACAGGGAUUGGGCAGGACAAGAACGAUAAAACGAAGAUGUCGACACUGUUACCGGCAUUGACGCCGACUCUGAACGGUGAGGCUACAGAGGCACAACACUCCCCUAGAUCCAGUAUUAGUGGCACCACUUUAUUAGCUCCAGAUCCACCGACCUAUAGUCCACAGCCGUCGCAGUCUAUAUUCAAUCAGGCACCGGCUAUGAUGACGCAGCAAGAGCAAACCUUGUUUGGACAGAGUGUUCUUAUGCAGCAACAGGCUAUGGUGCUGCAUCAGAUUCAAUACCUUCAGUAUCUACAAAUGCAGCAACGGCAUCAGCAAGCUACGCGUAGUGCUCAAGUCCAGGAUCAGCCUUUUGGAGCCCAGAUUGUCCCACCGUAUGGUAAUUUAUAUGAAAUGAUGCAACCACAAAUGUUCCGAGAGCAAAUGAGGCCGCGAGAUGCACAGGGUGUGCCACAUACACGAGUUUAUGAUUAUGUUUCUGCCGAGGCUGCUGUAUUAGAACGACAAAACCGCUGGAUGCUCGUGGAAAUGGCGCAUGAAGUGUUUUUGCUCUUGGACUUUCGAAUGGCGCUUAAAAUGGCUUUUAUGCUUCUAAUUAUUGGACAGGAUUUGCCGACAGAUCGCAUUCUUAUGCUAGGUUUGCUGUCAUUUAUCUCAUUUUUGCAUAUUACUGGCAUCUUUGCCAAAAUCUACGAAGUGUACAAACGCCAUCGCCGUAUCAAUGCUGGCACAGCGCAAAACGCACCACCCGAUUCGGAUGCUCCUGGAGCAGCAGCUGCUGUUGGUGCAGCUAUUUUGAGUCGGUGUGGACUGCUAUCGCGUGUGCUACGGAUUUCAGCAGACCGCGGAUAUGUCCAAGAUAUUAAAUAUUUUGUGGUGGGAUUACUGCUAUCCCUGAUACCGGCGUGGCGCGCGCAGCCCAUUGACGGUGUCGAUCCUGUUCGUGGAGAUGCUAUGCCCAACGACAUGCCUAUUCAAGAAAUUUGA